AUUUUUUCAAAGCUGUCAUUUCUCUUCCGGUCCACUCGCAUGGCACAUGUUUGUCGACCACAAAGCGGGAGCCGAGGCAGGCAGGUCGGCUCCGGAGGAGGUCCGCCAGGACUGUGGAUGUGCUUUCCGGAGAACUUCUAGCUCUCCGGAGCUUGCUGGAACUUGCUCCCAGAGCUUCCAAGUGCUCAUAGAUUGGACUCACCUACUAUCUCUCAGGACACGCGCCGGCCUCUUAAGAGUGUGUAACUUGCCCUUUUGAUGGGGAGCUCUGAGAUGCCAGGUCCUUCCUAUAAAGUAACUGCAGCUGUGAUGCUGGAAAAAAGUAGUACUUCGAGACCUACAGUCUUGCUUCUGCUAGAACUUAACUUUUCCCGAAUACUUUGACAGUUCAGUUUAUUGGGCACGGAGAUUGAUCGUUUUAAAUGAGCUUUAUUUAGCAAACUCAUUUGUGAGAGCAGGUCAUUUUUCAGACCCUCUCAGGGAAAACUGGAAGCCGGAGGAGUUUGACACUUGAAGUACUUUGUGGGAUGUCACAAGACUCAUCAUUUCUCCUUUGAGUCUUAUUUCCACUGUGUUGCCUGCUUGUCCCGGUUAGGCUUUUCAGGAUAGGCCAGGACCUAGGUCCACUCCCACUUCCCAGUCUUGGCGGGAGAUAUUUUGGCAUGAUAAAUUGCGUGACUUGAGCACCUGUGUGGGGCCCAGCCAACUCUGGAACCAGUCAAAUGUGUCCCAAAGCCUGGAACUCCUCUCCUGUUGUAGGUGGAAAUGCACAAAUGUAAGAAAGCUUUAUGGAGUCACUCCAGAGCAGACAGAACUGUGGGUACCGAUGGAUGUGGCCGAGAGCCCUGAACGGGAUCCUCACUCCCUAGAGGACGAAGAGGAACAGCCGACACUCUCAGACGAUGACAUUCUGAGGGAAAGUGGGUCGGAUCAGGAUUUGGACGGAGCUGCGGGGCGGGCUUCUGAUCUGGAGAAUGAGGAAAAUGCAGCCCCGGUACCGAGCCGGGAGGAGGAGAACCACUCUGAUGAGGAGGACAGAGCUGGUGAACCCAAGUCCCAGGAUCAGGACUUGGAGGCUCAUGAGUUAAGCAGGGGCCAGACGGGCUCCCCAUGUGAAGAAGAGGGGGGUGAAGGCGAGGAAGACCGGACGAGUGACCUCAGAGACGAGGCCUCCUCAGUGACUAGGGAGCUGGACGAGCAUGAACUGGACUAUGACGAGGAGGUCCCUGAGGAUUCGGCCCCUGCCGUCCAGGAGGACGAGGCUGAGAAGGCCGGGGCUGAGGAUGAGGAGGAGAAGGGGGACAGCGCGCCUGCCCAGGAAGGGAAGCCCACUGUCCAAAGUGGCGGAGUAAAGGAACCCCUGGAGGCUGCCAAGGAAAAAAAAAAAGAUGACGAUGAUGGGGAAAUUGACGAUGGGGAGAUAGAUGAUGACGACUUGGAAGAAGGCGAAGUGAAGGACCCCAGUGACCGGAAGGUGAGGCCUCGCCCCACCUGCCGAUUCUUCAUGAAAGAUGUUGUGACACCAUUAUCCACUCCUCUUCCACCAAUACCAAAUUCCAUACCACUCAGAGACCAGGUUAAAGGGAACUGUACCUGGGGGAUGAACUGUAGGUUCAUACACCCCGGAGUGAACGACAAGGGGAACUACUCCCUCAUCACCAAAGCUGAGCCCUUCCCGCCCAACGGUGCCCCGCCACUCGGACCUCACCCCCUGAUGCCUGCCAACCCGUGGGGUGGGCCAGUAGUUGAUGAAAUUUUGCCUCCACCCCCUCCGGAGCCCCCGACAGAGAGUGCCUGGGAACGUGGACUCCGGCAUGCGAAGGAGGUUUUAAAAAAAGCAACCAUUCGUAAAGAACAAGAGCCUGAUUUUGAAGAGAAAAGGUUCACAGUGACCAUUGGUGAAGAUGAGCGGGAGUUUGACAAAGAAAAUGAAGUUUUCCGGGAUUGGAAUUCUCGGGUCCCAAGAGAUGUCAGAGAUACAGCACUUGAGCCUUACGCAGAUCCUUACUACGACUAUGAAAUAGAGCGGUUUUGGCGUGGUGGACAAUAUGAGAAUUUUAGGGUGCAAUACACAGAUGCAGAGCCGUAUCAUAAUUACCGAGAAAGGGACAGGGACCGCGAGCGUGAGAACAGACAGCGCGAACGGGAUCGGGAGCGGGAGCGAGACCGAGAGCGGGAGCGGCGGCAGAGGGAGCGGGAGCGCGAGCGCGAGCGGGAGCGGGACAAAGAGCGGCAGCGGAGGAAGGAGGAGGGGGAGCGAGAGCGAGCCAAGCGCGACGAGAAGGACAGACAGCACCGCGACCGCGACCGCGACAAGGAGCGGGAGAAGGACAAGGACAAGCCAAAGCCCCGGUCUCCGCCGCCACCCAGCCGUCAAGCUGAGCCACCGAAGAAGGAGGCCGCCUCAGGGCCGCAGGUGAAGCGGGCUGACGAGUGGAAGGACCCAUGGCGCCGAUCCAAGUCUCCCAGGAAGAAACUCGGGGUGUCAGUCUCUCCCAGCCGGGCACGAAGGCGUCGAAAAACUUCUGCCUCCUCCGCCUCUGCCUCCAAUUCCUCCAGGUCGUCCUCACGGUCUUCGUCCUACUCUGGCUCUGGCUCCUCACGGUCGAGGUCACGGUCCUCCUCCUACAGCUCUUAUUCCAGCCGCUCUUCCAGACACAGCUCCUUCUCAGGCAGCCGGUCCAGGUCCCGGUCCUUCUCCUCGUCCCCAUCGCAGUCCCCCACACCCUCCCCACACAGACCGUCCAUCAGAGCCAAGGGGGAGCUGGCGCCGCCCCCUGGGAAAGCAGGAGAGAAGUCCUUGAAGAAGCCAGCCCCGCCUCCAGUGCCCCUACAGGCUACCAAGGCUGCCGCUCCUGCCCCUGAGCCCACAAAGCCCGGAGACCCCCGGGAAGCCAGGAGGAAGGAGCGGCAGGCCAGGACGCCCCCCCGGAGGCGAACGCUCAGUGGCAGUGGCAGUGGCAGUGGCAGCAGCUACAGUGGCUCCAGCUCCCGGUCCAGGUCCCUGAGCGUGAGCAGCGUCUCCUCGGUGUCCAGCGCCACCUCGAGCAGCAGCUCAGUGCACAGCGUGGACUCGGAGGACAUGUACGCCGACCUGGCCAGCCCCGUGUCCUCGGCCAGCUCUCGGUCCCCCACUCCAGCCCAGGCUAAGAAGGAGCGAGGAAAAUCAAAGAAAGAAGAUGGCGUGAAGGAGGAGAAGCGGAAAAGGGAUGCAGCUGCGCAGCCGCCCAAGUCCUCAAAGCCCUCGGCGGGCGGGAAGCCCUCACAGCAGCUCGCGACCCCAGCCCCCACCCCCGCCGGGCAGCCUCCCCAGGGCUCCUUUGUGGCCCACAAGGAGAUCAAGCUGACACUGCUGAACAAGGCAGCUGACAAAGGGAGCAGGAAGCGGUAUGAGCCAGCGGACAAGGACCGACAGAGCCCCUCGGCCAAGCGGGCCACCCUGUCCCCAGACCGAGGUUCCCGGGACCGAAAGUCAGGUGGUAGACUGGGCUCCCCGAAGCCCGAGCGGCAGAGGGGCCAGAACUCCAAGGCCCUCGUCGCCCCAACAGACAGGAAGCGCCAGCUGUCGCCCCAGUCCAAGAGCUCGAGCAAGGUGACCAGCGUGCCUGGCAAAGCUGCGGACGGUGCGGCAGCGGGCGCCAAGGCCGGGAAGGCCAGCACGCUGUCGCGGCGGGAGGAGCUCCUGAAGCAGCUCAAGGCUGUGGAGGACGCCAUCGCUCGCAAGCGGGCCAAGAUCCCCGGGAAGGUGUAGCGGACUCUUACAUGUUUUUAUAAUAGGGUAAGCGCAGCCAUUUCACAUUUUGAAGUUAAUGUCUUAUUUUGGCUGUGAUUCUUUUUAAAAAUUAAAAAAGAAAAAAAAAAAAGUUUCUCAGCUGGAAAAGAAGCCACACAGGAGAUGAAGAUGAUGCUGAACCCCAGCUUCCUGAGACUGACAAGGUGCUCCCAGAGCCAGAGUGCCGCCAGGCGGCACGGCCCCCGCUGGCCCUGAGGACCGGAGCCGGCCGCCGCCUGAGUCCUCCGGGCACCUUAGUGGUGAGCACACGGGAACUACUGUGGCCUCCUGCCUGCUGCGGGCAGUGCCUACAUAUGCAUUCUCGACUACAGUCUGAUUGGGAACUUUUUCCUUU